CCCCAACGCACACGCGCGCGCACGCACGCACGCACGCACGCACGAGUCCCUCCUUCCGCAUUAUCACUUCACCGUCGCCCGCCCCCGCGCGCGCGCCAAUUAUCCCGGCCCAUGCAGGACCAGAGUUUACCCGAGCCCUGACUCUCCUCUCGAGCACGCGCCCAAAGAAGCGCUCGUUCGUGCGUGCCAUCUAUCAUCCCAUCAAUGGCGCUGGCGCCUCUGCCGUGAGCAGCAGGGACGACGACGACACCACAUCAAAAGAAAGCGUCGCCCUCCUUUUUAUAGCGCGAGCGCUUUGUUUAGCCUCCGAUUCUCAAGUUUUAAUCCCAACAUCGUGCUUCCCUCCGUUCCGGCCUCUCUCCGCGCGUGUAAUUUAUCCCUCCUCACCGGGGGCGCCCUUGGUGUGCAUGGGCGCCGCGGCGCCAUGACGACCACAGCUGCUGCCAUGAACGUGGCUGUCACGCAGCUAUGUGGCCGGGGUCGCCGGCGCAGGUCGGCCGCGCUGCGCCACGAUCACCGGUGGGCGCGCCUGCUCCGCCUCGCCGUCGCCACCAGGGCCGUGCGCCUUGUCUGGGACCAGCUGCUCGCCUGCUCCUCCUGCGGCGGGGGCGGCGGCGCCCGCUACCGCCGGCUCGGCCCGCCGCACGGACCGGACGUGCUGACCCCCCUCGCCAUGGACGACGACGCCGGCGCCCACGCCCACGCCGACGCCGACGACGACGCGGCAGAUGUCGAGGACGUGGUCGGCCUCAAGGUCAGCCUGCUCGGGGAUUGCCAGAUCGGCAAGACCAGCUUCAUGGUUAAGUAUGUUGGGGAUGGGGAGGAGCCGAACGGGGGCUUGCAGAUGACGGGCCUGAAUCUGAUGGACAAGACGCUGGCUGUUCGGGGCGCCAGGCUCGCCUUCAACAUCUGGGAUGUGGCAGGAGACAGCCAGUCCGCCGACCACGUCCCGAUCGCGUGCAAGGACGCCGUGGCGAUCUUGUUCAUGUUCGAUCUUACCAGCCGGUGCACGCUCAAUAAUGUUACCGAUUGGUACGAGAGGGCCAGGAAAUGGAAUAAGACGGCUAUUCCAAUCCUAAUAGGAACGAAGUUUGACGACUUCGCUCAGCUUCCUCUUGAGAUGCAAUGGACCAUUGUCGAUGAGGCCAGAGCAUACGCAAGAGCGAUGAAGGCGACCCUCUUCUUCUCGAGCGCGACGCACAACAUCAACGUGAACAAGAUCUUCAAGUUCAUCACGGCCAAGCUCUUCAACCUCCCCUGGACGGUGGAGCGGAACCUCACCGUCGGCGAGCCCAUCAUAGACUUCUGAGCACCAACUAACCACUCCUCCGAUCCCCCGUCCUACGACUAACCAACCUCUCGCCGCCGCUCGCGAUCGAUCGAGGCAAGAUGCGCAGCGCUGUACAUAGGUGUAUGUAUGCCGAGUUGGUUCCUGUGCAUCCCUUACCUCCCUCCCUUGUCCCGGAGAGGAAACCGCGAGAUGUUCGUCGCUCCAUGCAUCUCGCAUGUACUAGUAGUAUGUAUGUAUAGGGAAUCCAUGCAUGUAAUAUACACCGCCCCGUUUUCCCACUUCACAGGAUAACUGUGCGCUGUGCGAUCGUGUGGCGUAGUGGUAGCUCGCACGGCCGGCCUGUGCAUGAAGGAUGCAGAUUCAACAUCUUUUCGAAUUCA